GAUUCAUUUUAGCUAAAUGGAGCUUUAAAUCACAAUGUGAUCCUUGUAGUUUUAUUUAAGGAUUCACUGAUGUUAUUAGAGAAAUACUGUUUUUGAAUUUGUUUUAUUUGCAAGAUAUAGGCUUUUAUAGAAAAUCCUUUUUGAAUUUGAACUCUUUUACAGUUUAAAGCUGACAUAGAUAUUUUAAAGACACAAACAUUAUAAGUCAUAGGCAUGCUUUGCUAUGCGGCUAAAUACAGCACAUAGCCAUGCAAGUGAACAUGGUCUUAACUAUUAUUAUUAUUGUUAUUAUUAUUGUUACUGUUGAUUUCUUUUUAAACACUGAUUAAAGUAAUCUAUGUAUCUCAUUUAAAACAGGCAUAUGUUGAGUCUUUAACUGUCUUUGUUGCUUAUAAAAAACAAAAGAAAUAGAUCACCGUAUUAUAGUGUUAGCUGAAUUAUGACCUGUAUUUUUGUACUUAAAAAGUACAAUAUUAGUCAUAGGGGACAAAUAAUUAGAACAAAUUCACGUUAAAGAAGUGGAAAUCAGGGAACCACUCACACAGAUCAAUUAUCAAAAUUAUUAACAAUUAAUUCAGUAAAUGAUUAUUAACAUUUUCAUGUUAUGAAUUAACAGAUUCAUAAUCUUUCCAGCCCUCUUUUUGGCUUUCAAAAACAAACAUACAUUAGUGAAAGCACUCAGAACACAAACCUCUGCCUAGACUGGUCAGUUUCAAGACACUCCUCUACCUUGCAAGAUAAACAAGGUAUUCAAUUUGAAAAUUGAAUUGUAUUUCUAUUGCAUAGCUGUGGAUCAUUGUUCACAUUACAGCUAUUCAGAUAAAACUAUUUUAAAGCUCAUUUAUUCUUUUUAAAUGCUGAUGAUAUUCACGGCGUGCUUUCCUGUUUUGUGUUACCAAUUAACAACAAAUUAAUAGAAAGUAUGCUUUGUUCAGGUUUGGAGGUGCAAUAAAAUUAGAUGUCACAAAUAAAACCUUUCUCUGGGUUCUGUGACAACAAAAUAAUUUUGGACAAUAUGAUGUGAGAUGACAGAAGGGUUUUAGUUAUUCUUUACUAUAUGACCUUAUUUCUGCAACAGAUGUAUUCCUUUGAAAGGUUUUUGUUCAUUGUACUUACAGUCUUUGUAAUAUUUUAAAAACUUUGCUUUACUGUGUAAAUUAAAUAUCACGUCGUUGAUCCUUUAAAUAUCUGGUUGCAUUAGACCACUUAAAAGUCAGCGAGAAAGACAUUCAGACAAAUGGUAUUGAGCUGAUUUUAAAGAAGAUGCACACUUGAUAGUCAGAAUAUGUAUCAGUCCCACAAUAGUACAUAUUAAAUAUAGAGAAACUAACCCCACAAUACAGACUUUACAUUUAAUAAAAGAUCACAUGAGUACAAUUGUAGUUUAAAUCACUAGAGGCUAAUUUGCUCAAGACAUUACACAAAUGUCUACACUACAUAAACAGAUUCCCUGUCUUUUAGGAAUGCCAAGAAUAGCCAAUAUUCGUGUAUUGGGUGUCUGCUGAAUCAUUUCCCUGAAAUGCACAUGACAAUCUUUCAGUUCUGCUUUUAUGGUCGGUUGGUUUUUCUGCACCCACAGAAGGCAAGUUCUGUGGUAAUUCCUCGACUUUAAGUUAAAAAAGAACUGCAAUCUGCCGUGUACAGGUUGAUUUCGUAAUGACAAGCUGCUGUGCAGAAGAUGUCCACGCUGUCUGUGACUGAUAUCCCAGAUGUUGGUCAUGAUGAGACUAAGGUGUUUGAAGGGACCUCUGAGCUGCAGCUGGACUGCAUGGUUGAGGAGAGCAGUGGGAGCUCCACAGUGAAGCCUGAUGGUGUGCUGUCGCUGGCUGACCUCCCCCACCCCAAUGACUUCCACGUCCCUCCUCACAACGGGCCUCCACUGACUGAAAUGAGCAGCCCUCUGCCGGUAGAGCCGAGUGACAUCAAGCUGGAUCCUGCUGCAGGUGACACAUCCGCCAGCAUAGAUGGACAGCCAGUAAAGCGAAAGAAGGGUCCUGCACCCAAGAUGCUGGGCAAUGAGGUGUGCAGUGUAUGUGGUGACAAGGCCUCUGGUUUUCAUUACAACGUGUUGAGCUGUGAAGGCUGCAAGGGCUUCUUUCGACGCAGCGUCAUCAAAAGUGCUCAGUACUCCUGCAAGAACAAUGGGCGCUGUGAAAUGGACAUGUAUAUGCGUCGCAAGUGCCAGCAGUGCCGCCUACGCAAGUGUCGCGAGGCCGGCAUGUUGGAGCAGUGUGUCCUCUCUGAGGAACAAAUCAGAGUAAAGAAGAUGAAGAAGCAGCAUGAGGAGGAGACAGCCCGCACGUCCACAGUCGUCACCCCCACACCUCCACAGAAUAUGGCCUCACUCGAUCCUCAGCAACAGGAGAUGAUAGAGAAGCUUGUGGCCAUGCAGAAGCAAUGCAACAAGAGGUCUUUCCUUGACCGACCAAAAGUUACUCCUUGGCCACAAAGUCAGGACUUGCAGAACCGAGAAGUGCGUCAACAGCGAUUCGCUCACUUCACUGAGUUAGCAAUCAUGUCAGUCCAGGAGAUUGUGGAUUUUGCUAAGCAGCUUCCCGGUUUCCUGGAGCUCACAAGGGAGGAUCAGAUUGCUCUACUCAAGACGUCGACUAUUGAGAUCAUGCUGCUUGAGACAUCUCGGCGGUACAACCCUGCGAUUGAUAGCAUUACAUUCCUGAAGGAUUUCAGCUACAAUAAGGAGGAUUUUGCCAAAGCAGGGCUUCAGUUUGAGUUCAUUAACCCCAUCUUUGAGUUUUCAAAAGGAAUGAAUGACCUACAGUUGGACGAGGCCGAAUAUGCUCUGCUUAUUGCUAUCAACAUCUUCUCUGCAGAUCGGCCAAAUGUGCAGGAUCAUGAUCUGGUGGAGAGGCUGCAGCAACCAUAUGUGGACGCACUGCGCUCUUACAUCAUGAUAAAGAGACCGCAUGAUCAUUUGAUGUUCCCACGUAUGCUGAUGAAACUAGUGAGUCUCCGUACACUAAGUAGCGUCCACUCGGAGCAGGUUUUUGCCCUUCGCCUCCAGGACAAGAAGCUUCCCCCACUGCUCUCUGAAAUCUGGGACGUCAAUGAGUGACUGCAAACCUGAUGUCGCACUCCUUGUUGUUGUUUUUCCCCCAUUUCUUCUUUUUUUAAUCUGACACAGACAUGGUAUCCAAGGGGCAGACUUCUGCCCAUCUGGUCAAACAGAGACUGGUUUAAGCCUUGAGAUUCUAUUUUCUUGUGGGAGGAGAGCAUCAUUGCCCUUUGCUGUCAGACAGACUGCUAACUUAAGACUUCAUCAGAAAAAACGUGAACACUGAGAAGGGACUUUGGUUAUUCUUCCUUUGGAGUAGAUGCUGAUAUGAUUGUGGCAAUAUUAAAUACCAGCAUCAGGCUCUUGAAGUUGUUUAUCUCUGAUUUUAAUAUUUGUUGAAAGUAAUGUCAUUCUGUAGUGCAGUUCUGUACUUAUCCUAUAAAAAUGAUGAGAACGUUGAGAAGAUGUUUGCAGCUCUGGCUGUGUCACAGCUGUACAUUUAGUUAAAAUGGGGAUUUGCAGUUGUGCAAUUGGUGGAAAUGAAACCAGAGUUGGGCAUGAGCAGAGUCAUAUCUGCUAGUCACUUUAUUAAUGUUUGUGUGAAAUGGUAGGUCAUCUGGAUUGUAUUGUGCUUUGUGAUACGGCAACAAAUAGCUAUUUUUUAAGAAUGUUCCGAAAUCAAACCAUUUGUGUAGUUGCUCAGGAAAAGUAAUGUGAAGUAGACCUCUGAAUAAGGGGGUUAUUUAAUUAAGACAACUUAAGUUUUCUUCCACAUGCAUAAGGGACCCUUUUGGUAAUUUAUAGAUGUCCAUAAACUUUCAUGUAAAAUUGUAUAUUUAUUUUCACAAGAAAGAAAUGAGUAGAUUGCACAAUCACAUACAUGAUGCACAAGAGAAAGUAAAAUUGCAGGUGAUUGGCAGAGUGUGCCCUCAUUUACAAGAAAUGUUGUGACAUUUUUUAUCACAAAGCACUGGUACCUUGAAAUAAUUGGUCCCAAGUGUCUUCAAAUUUUAUGUAAGGAUGAACUGCUGUUUAUAAAAGGUAAAGUCAGUCAACCAUCUCUGUGACCCCUCGUUUUCCUGAUGAAUAAAAAUCCAUACUCACAAAGUUCUUCAUGAAUCAAACCAGUGAGAUGCAAUUUUAUUCAUUUCAUGACGGUAUAGUAGUUUAAAGGUGAUCACAAGAAACUGUUCCAACAGGAUACAGAGAAUUUCAGUCUUAUUUUUGAUCAUUCCUUAGUGAUACAAAAAAAUUUAUGAGUGAAAAUACAUUAGAGAAGUAACUACUAUUGUCUGAGUACUUUCUACAAUCCGCUUUAAUUGUUUUGAUUUCGGAAUACUUGCUAAAGUCAAACUUAAAAUCUCCAGUACGGAGCACAACAAUUUUAAUUAAUAAUAACAUUAACAAACGUAACAACCGAGAUCUAGAUGUUCAUAUUCAUUCUGCCAUUCUCAUACAUUUCCCUUGCAGUGUGUAAACUUACUGCAUAAUGCUAAAUUUAGUCUCGAUUCAUACUCCUGUGUCAGGAACGCUGACAAGUGGACACUAAUGCUAUUGCAGCCUGUUUUUGAAACAACAUCAAGGAAACGUACAGCAAUUUUAUUAUUUAAUCUUGUCCAAAAGAACUUGGUGAUUCAACGGUCAAAUCACGUUUUUCCAUGUUUUUGAAACCCAGUCUUAACAGAUCAAGGGAAUGCUACAGGACUUACUAACACAACUCUAAUAAUGGUAGAGGUUAGCUCUACAGCCAUAAUUGAUUUUCAUGUUUCCUUUGAUAUAGUGAAAUAAUGGCAAGUUAACCAGUUGACCUUGCCAGCUUGGGGAUCACUUGCAGACUGACACUUUUAAUACAAUAAAAUUCUAUAGGAAGACUUAAUGAAUAUAAAUGCUUGUACUUACAGUCGUCCAACUCGAGAGAUUUUCUCCCUUUUCCCCAACUGGUGCUUUUAAAGACGAGACAAAAUGCUGCAGUUUCAUUUCCAUCUGUUGCACAGCCAAUUGAAAAGAAGCUUCAAGUAAAUGAAUUAGACACUUGAACAGAAAUUAUUAAUUUCAUGACACUGAAAUCGGCUUCAAACAUACAAGUGAUUUGUAUGAUAGAUUUCAUGCAACAUGAAUGUUCUUGUGCUGCAUGUUGAUCAAAAAAAGCAGAAAUGUUAGUGGUUGGCUCUUAAAUCUUUGUUUCUUGGUAAUGCUGUAGGUAUCAGUUCAUUGUAUACUGUAUAUACUGACAUCUGAUCUCUUAAUUACUAUCCUCAAAAGGGUGACACUGUAAAAAAUACUGAUGAUAUAGAAAUACAAACCUAUUUUAAUACAUGUAAUUCCUGAAGACUUUCUGUUUUGUAUGCUCAGUAUAAAUUAAAGCAAUGCUGUAGUGCUAA